AUGGCUUUCCUCUUCAGAGGGAAGAAACACCAGGACCGGGCGCUCCAGAGCCGCGAUGGCCCGCAGGGUCCUGGGUCGGCCAUGGGCGGCGCUGCUGCGCGCGUGAGAGAUGAAAAAGGUUCGCGGUCAACGCCGACUGGCAGUCUCCAUUCCCUUGAUAACGAAGGGAGCAUGGGCAGCCCCGACCAGCCAUAUGGCCGCCAGCGUGGGCAGAGCCUCGAUCAACCUCAACAGUCACAGACUUCGCCCCCUCAAAUGCAACUCCAGCAACAAUACCCCGGCGAACCACCGUACCGAAACGGUGCUCCUCCCCUCUCUAACAAUCCAAAUGCUUCGCUCUAUCCAUGGUCGCAACGCCGAUUGACCUACACGACGUCACAUCCAAGCCCAUUUCCCCGAUAUGGUGCUGCUGUCAACUCGGUGUCCUCGAAAGAGGGCGAUAUCUAUCUAAUGGGCGGUCUCAUCAACAGCUCGACCGUGAAGGGCGACUUGUGGUUGAUUGAGGGCGGGAGUCCAAAUCUGGCUUGCUACCCUUUGGCAACAACAGCCGAAGGUCCUGGCCCCCGAGUUGGCCACGCGGCUCUGCUAGUAGGAAACGCUUUUAUCGUGUUUGGCGGUGACACCAAGAUCGAAGAGACCGAUAUAUUGGACGAAACGCUCUACCUCUUGAAUACAUCAACGCGGCAAUGGUCACGCGCACUCCCUCCUGGACCGCGGCCUACCGGUCGCUACGGCCAUACAUUGAAUAUCCUAGGCUCCAAGAUCUAUGUUUUCGGUGGCCAGGUGGAGGGACUCUUCAUGAAUGACUUAUCAGCAUUUGAUUUAAACCAGUUGCAGAACCCGAACAACCGUUGGGAGAUUCUUAUUUCCAACGAUCCUGCUCCUCCCCAAGGAAAAGUGCCCCAGCCCAGAACGAACCACACCAUGGUGACGUACGGCGACAAACUAUACCUGUUUGGUGGCACAAACGGAUACCAAUGGUUCAACGACGUCUGGAGCUAUGAUCCUGUGACCAACUCCUGGACCUUGCUUGACUGCAUCGGGUAUAUUCCGUCCCCUAGAGAAGGCCAUGCUGCGGCUCUCGUCGACGAUGUCAUGUAUAUCUUUGGCGGAAGGACCAAGGAAGGCGCAGAUCUCGGUGACCUUGCGGCGUUCAGGAUUACGACUCGUCGCUGGUACACGUUCCAGAACAUGGGACCGUCGCCCUCUCCCCGGUCCGGACAUAGCAUGACAACAGUUGGGAAGACGAUUGUGGUUCUUGGUGGUGAACCAAGCUCACCAACAGCAUCCGUAAAUGAUUUGGCGAUUGCAUAUUGCCUUGACACAACUAAGAUCCGGUACCCCAACGAUUCAGGUGCCAGUGGACCGAGAACGCGCCGUCCGAGCGAUGUCACCUCGCCGAGCUCUCGUGGUGCGGCACCAUCGCGCGAUGGUUCAGCUGGUGCCUCGGAAAACCGCAGGUAUACCGGAGUUCCCAGUAACAAUCCUUAUCGAUCUCCGCCUGGUGGUGAAUUCAGUCCUCCCAAUGGCCAUCCUUCGGGGCCGAGUAAGGUGCCGAGAUCAGGGGGUCCGACUGGCCCUUCUGGGCCCUCUCCUCAGGGACAACCUCCGAGACCAACCCAGGUCGGUGCCGUUCCUCGCCCACGAACAGCAUCACUAGAACGCCAAGAACAACCUUCACGGGGUUCUCCUAUCACGUCUCCUGUAUCCCAGCAACAACAACAACAACAACAACAACAACAACAACAACAACAACAACAACAACAACAGCAGCAACAACAACAACAACAAUCCACAAUCCCUAAGGAGAGUGAUGACGUUGCUGCCAACGGUCGUCGCACCCCGAAUCAGAACCCGCCACGGUCUUCAUCAAGACAGGCGGAUGUUCAAACCCCAGAUGCUGCCAAGCAAAAGCCACCCAAACCCUCUGGGAACCAAGGGCCCUCUGACAAUGCUACAGACUCGGCACCCAAGCAAGUAGGCCGACCCGUGUCCCCUCCGCCCCCGAAUCGUCAGAACAGCAACCCGCUUUCAAGGAGAUCAUCGACGAGGAACUCGCAAACCGUCGCUUUGCUGAAAGAACUAGACGCAGCGCGGAACCGGAAUGCAUGGUACGCUACUGAGCUAGAGCUGGCGCGUAAGAAUGGUUACAUUCCCAAUGUGUCCCUUAAUCCGGCCCUUGACGGCCGUGCCAUGGAUGCAUUUGACGAUGACGAUAAACCGCUCAUCGAAGCCCUACUAGCCAUGCGUAACGAGCUCGCCAAUGUCCAAGCAUCUGUUGAUAAACAAGCCGUGCUGGCUGCCAAGCAGAUUGCCGAGGUGGAGAGGCAACGAGAUGCUGCCAUCCAAGAAGCAGCCUAUUUGAAGGCUAAACUGGCCGCUCUUCGCGGAGGCAGCACGGCUGGCACUCCGCAAUUCGACGAAAAAGAUGCCGAGGAUCGCAUCGGUGAGCUCAGCAAGAAGCUUGCGUUUGCGCUUAAUUCCCAAAAGGAACUACAGGAUCAGCUGGACCGCCUUACCAUCGAACAUGAAGCGGAGAAGAAGGCAAGGAAACUCGCGGAGGACACUGUCACUGCGGCACAGAAGAGAUUGGCGGAGCUGGAAACUUAUAAGCAGCAGGCCAGCUCUGAUCUCGAAAGAUUGAAGUCGGAGCUUCAUCUGGUGCAACGGGAGGCUCGCGAGCAAUCGGUCAAUGCAACCGAGGCGCUUGCGAAAAUUGAAAUGUUGCGCAUUGAGAAGGAAGCGUUAGAGCAGAAGUACAGUGAAAUUGUUGGGAGUAGCAAGGAACAGUCUGAAACUUUUGAAUCGCUUCGCCAGGCUGUGGCUGCUUCGGCAGAAACCAAGGCUCUGCUGGAACGCAGGUUGGAUGAGGAGAGGGCACUGAGAGAAAAGGUUGAAGCCAAGCUUAAUAAGCUCAAAGCAGAGCAUGAGGCUCGGACUGCGGAAUUGGUGGCGGUUACACAGCGCCUGAGGGAUGCCGAGGAGUUGGCAGAACAGCAUGCUAACGAGGCCCGCGUGCAUCGGGAGGCUGUGUUGGCGGGCCUUGACAAGAUCGCUGCCAGAGACGCGUCUAAGUCAGACAAGGUCGACAGUGAGCGACUCGCGUCCCUACAAAGUCAGAUCAAUGCUGCCAAUGCAUUGGUUAGGAAAUAUCAGCAGGAAAUUGACAAUGCUGCCGACAAGCUGCGUGGUGCCGAAGAGCGGAUCGCAGGGCUCGAGGCCUACCAAGAACAAGCUAGCCGUGAAGGUGUCUCCGUCCGGCGCCAGCUCCAGAGCACGCUUAGAGAGGUCCAGUCUCUCCAGGCUACUAACGCUGAACUGAAGCAACAACUCGCCAAACAGCAGCUUGAGGCGAACGCCAUGUUAAUCCAGUACAAUGCCCUUAAGGACAUUUUGUUAGAGCGCGGCAUUUCCCCGACGGCUGCUGCUGCGCGGGCACGCAGCAGUCCUCGCGGUACUCCUCGCGAGGGAUCGCCCGAAAUGCGUCUACGCGAACUCGAACAACAGCUUGCUGAGGCCCGGAGUGCCCUGGAGGAGGCCAAGGCUCAGGCGGCACUACAGCAGCAAGAGUCGGAGUCUCUCUAUCGGGACAAGCUUGCACAGCUCGAGAACGACUAUCAGUCUACUGUCCACUAUGUCAAAGGUACCGAGAAGAUGCUCAAGCAGCUCAAUGAGCAGCUUGCCCGGUACAAAUCCGAGAACAAUCGGCUCAAAGAGCAGGUUGUCGAGCUCGAAGACAAGCUUUCCACCGAAAGGUCGGCCGCAAAAUUGUCAGACGCGCCCGCAGAUUGGGAGACUCGGCAGCAGCAGCUCCAAGGAGAGAUCGACCGUCUGCAGGCACAGCUGCGCGAGAACUCUCAGAAGUUCGAGCAACAGAUCACGUCGAUCCAACAGGAGCUGGCCGAAGUCCAGAAGGAACGCGAUUCGGCGCUGGGAAAGACAGAGGAGGCCGUCCGCCGUCUCGAGACCACGCGCCGCGAUCUCGAGACCCUGCAGCAGGAGAACGCCCGGCUGGAGCGUCGCGCUAUCGACGCGGAGCAAAAGGUGACCACCCUGCUCGACCAAGUCGAGAUGAGCGUCGACAACUUCCGCCGACGGAGCGGCCGCCAGGCGACAGAUUCGGGGACCUCUGGCGAGACGAUCAGCGCCAUUGCUAGCGCCAACGCGACCAACGGCGGAGGGCCGGGCCACACUCGCCAGGAGUCGCUCACCGAUGUGGAGAGCUUGUACAGCAAAGGUGACGCUGCCACUCUGGCGAGCCGGCGCAAUAGCUUGGGGCUGGGCGCCAGUAUCGGGGAUGCUCGCAAUAGCGCCGCACUGGACAGUCUCGCGAACGAACUUGAGAGCCUGCGCAGCCAUUGGGAGCAGAGGAAUUACCGGCUGAGCAACACAUUUGAUUUUGACAUGCCCACGCCGACGGCUGCUUCUCCUGCGACGGCCACAGCCGGUGGUGUUGCACCUGGAAACGCUUCGGCUGGGCUGAGCGAGAGCCUGGCUGAUUGGAGGAAGAAUAGACUGGAGGAAGAGCAGCGGGAUUAA